AUGGGCUCAGACCAAGGUGUCGGCGAGUGGCUGGCCCUGCUCCACCGAUACGGUUUCUGCUACGUUGAUGGUACUCCAGCUACACCCGAGGCUACCGAAGAACUUCUUGGACGAAUCGCCUUCAUCCGCCACACCCAUUAUGGCGGCUUUUGGGACUUCACCUCCGAUCUUGCCUCUAAGGAUACGGCGUACACGAGCCUUGGAUUGGAGGCUCAUACGGAUAACACCUACUUUUCCGAUCCGGCCGGCCUGCAGAUGUUCCACUGUCUUUCUCACACCGAUGGCGAAGGCGGUGCUUCGCUUCUUGUAGACGGCUUCCAGGCAGCAGCAGACCUGCAGAGAGAAGAUCCUGAGGCGUACGAUGUCCUUAGCACGAUCAAUGUCUACACCCAUGCGAGCGGCAACGAAGGCAUCAGUAUCCAGCCAUAUCGGUCGUUUCCUGUCUUGCAGCAUGAUCCGCUCCACCACCAUCUGGUCCAGAUUAGAUGGAACUCAUCGGACAGAGCAGCGAUUGACAUGCCCUUGGAAGAGGUCCAGACUUGGUACGAUGCAGCUGCAAGGAAGUGGGACAAGCUACUCAAGCGGCCUCAGUACGAGUAUUGGAAACAGCUUCGCCCAGGAAGGCCACUAAUCUUCGACAACUGGCGAGUGCUCCACGGCAGAUCAGCAUUUACGGGGAAGCGCCGGCUGUGCGGCGGUUACAUCAACCGCGAUGAUUACAUCUCCCGCUUCAAGAUGCUCAAAUGGGGCAGAGUUGCUGGCCUUAAUUGA